AGAAAAAGAAUAAUAAAAAAGCACGAAACUGAAAGUACAUAGAAAAGGGUCUUAGAAUUCUUUUCUAGCUCUCUUCAAUGGCUUGUGCUUCAUCACAAUCCAUACUAUCUGCAUGCGGCUGUCCGUUUCCUUGUCAAAGGAUUAAUCUGAAGAAACCCAGAUGGUUCAGAGCAAACACCAAGUUUUUACCAGUGAAUGCUUCUACUUCUAAUUCAUCAACCUCUGAAGAGAGCUGCAACGUUGAAGAAUGUGCCCCUGAGAAGGAGGUAGGGAAGGUGAGCAUGGAAUGGUUAGCAGGAGAGAAGACGAAGAUAGCCGGAACUUACCCUCCCAAGAAGAAGGGAUGGACUGGUUAUGUCGAGAAGGAUACUGCCGGCCAAACCAACAUUUAUUCUGUCGAGCCAGCAGUUUAUGUUGCAGAGAGUGCAAUAAGCUCAGGGUCGGCAGGAACAUCAUCAGAGGGAGCAGAGAACACUGCAGCCGUUGCUGCAGGUUUAGCUCUCAUAUCGAUCGCUGCAGCCUCAUCGAUCCUUCUUCAAGUCGAUAAAACUGAUCCUCAAGUUCAAAGUGCAGAAUACUCCGGACCUCCUCUUAGUUACUAUAUAAGCAAGUUCAAGCCUGCGAGCAUUGUAGAAGCUGCAGUCAUUUCUGAACCUCUGAGCUCUCCAGCAGUGGAGGCUUCGGUUCCUAAUUCUGAAGUUCAGGUUGAGUUGAGUGUGGAGAGUGAGAGUUCAAGUGUUGGUGAUGUUUCUUGAGAAAUAUGCAUUGAAAUUUUGUAUAUGUUUGAAGCUCUAAAAGAGAUUAUGGAAUACAGGUGAAUUACUGUGUGUAUUGCUAGGUUUCUUAUAGAAAUCAUGUUGUUUUGUCAUU